AUGGACUGCGAAUCCCCGCAUUGUUUAUACAUGUUGGUAACACUUCUAAGCAGAAAUCCAAACCAGAAGAAUUUUUUUUCUGCAGAGAAAAAAAAAGCAAUAAUGGGGAAGGACAGGAAAGUAGGAGUAGCAAUGGACUUCUCGAAGAGCAGCAAAACUGCACUUCAAUGGUCUAUUGACAAUUUGGCUGAUAAAGACGACACUUUCGUCAUCAUUCACACCUUGCCUCAACCUGACAAGUACUCUAGCCAACAUCCUUCCGGUUCACCUCUUGUUCCCCUUGCGGAGUUCCGGGAGUCGGAGGUGAUGAAGAAGUAUGACGUGAAGAUUGACGUCGAAGUUCUUGACAUUCUUGACACCGCUGCUCGUCAGAAAGAGAUAACUGUGGUGUGGAAAUUGUACUGGGGAGACGCGAGAGAGAAGCUGUGCGAAGCUACUGAAGAUUUGAAGUUGGAUUCUAUGGUGAUGGGAAGCAGGGGAUUGACUUCCAUCAGGAGGAUUAUACUGGGAAGUGUUACAGAUUAUGUAAUCACGAAUGCAGCUUGCCCUGUGACCGUAGUGAAGGAUCCUGACUUUCACAAGCACUGA